AUGAAGCUGCGUGCCUUGACCAGCUUAGUCUCCUGCUCCCUUGUCCAGGCAUUCUUGGUGCCUGUUGCGCCUGGCAUGGGUAGACCUCGGGAGCCACUACGGCCCUCCUCAGCCGUCCUCGCUUCAGCAUCGGAGCCUGUCGUGGAGGCUCUGGCAGGGAGGAAGCCUGAGUACAUUUUGAUGGAGGACGGACACGGACGAAGCAUAAACACGACGAUGAUUGCAUACUUGCGGCAGGACGGAAAGCGAUAUUGUUUGGGCACGCCAGUGGACUGCCCCAUGGUGCUCAUGGAUUCAGGGGGUCGGCCCAUCGACCCCUCAAGUGCAUUGGCUGAGGGCAUGUUCUAUCAAUUGGAUGAUUACUUCACCAAUAAGGGCUAUGAGAUUCUACACACCGCUGGAUUCUUGACUAUCGCGGGGGAGCCUGACUGGUUUGAUGACGAGGAGUUGGAGGAAGGGGAGGAGGAGGAGGACAGUGACGACGAGUACGACAGCGAGGAGGAAGAUGAUGAAAGAGAAGAGGCAGCGACGGCGCAGAUGGCGCGUCAAGAAGCAGCACGCAAGGAUGACAGCGUCCGGGUGGAUCCUAUCUGUGACGUGGAAUACGAUGGCUCCAUGUACCGCAUUGUGCAGCUCUUAGACCGGGUUCCCCUGAGUGCCGAGGAGGACGCGGAGGGCAAAUGGGUACUUGUGAACGAUGCGGACACCCAUCUGGGGCUGGAGAAGAGGGCAAAGAAAUGA